AUGAAACACCUCCAAAAGAAGUGGCAAAACAGGAUCCAUUUGUUAACGAUGGAUACAAACAGCGCCGGAAACAAGAUCUACUCAGUGGCACGUGUCUAUGCCGAUGCUAACGAACGUAGACCGAAAAGCUACUGGGAUUACGAGAAUACCACCCUUUCUUGGGGAGACAUUGGCAACUAUGAAAUCAUAUCCAAAAUUGGUAGAGGUAAAUAUUCAGAAGUGUUCACUGGCGUUAAUGUGAACAAUGACAAACCAUGUGUUAUUAAAGUCUUGAAGCCUGUAAAGCUAAAGAAGAUUUAUAGAGAAAUCACAAUCUUAAAAAAUUUAACCGGCGGUCCAAACAUCAUCAACCUGUACGACCUUAUUCAAGACAGAGAUAGUAAAAUUCCAGCAUUAAUAUUUGAGAAGGUUAAUAACGUUGAUUUUAGAAUCCUUUACCCAAAAUUCCAAAUUCCUGACUUACAGUAUUAUUUCACUCAGUUGCUCACAGCUCUAGACUAUUCACAUUCGAUGGGUAUUAUACAUCGUGAUGUCAAACCUCAGAAUAUAAUGAUCGAUCCUGUCAACAAGCAAUUGAAGUUAAUUGAUUGGGGGUUGGCUGAGUUUUACCACCGUGGAAUGGACUUUAAUGUCAGGGUUGCAUCGAGAUACCACAAGGGUCCAGAGUUGUUAAUCAAUCUACAACAGUACGACUACUCUCUCGAUCUAUGGUCCGUAGGCGCCAUGUUUGCCGCUAUUGUUUUCAAGAAGGAACCUUUCUUUAAGGGCGAUUCCAAUCCUGAUCAGUUGGUUAAAAUAGCACAAGUCCUAGGUACCGAUGAUUUGAUGAAGUACGUUAAUAAGUAUCGGAUUCGCCUAUCAAGUGAAUACGAUGAUAUACUAGGACAAUAUCCUCGUAAGCCUUGGUCUGCUUUCGUUAAUAAGGACAACAAAGCAAUGGCUACAGCGCCGCAUGUUAUUGACUUGAUUGAUCAUUUACUUGUUUACGAUCAUCAGUUACGACUCACUGCGAAGGAAGCAAUGGCUCAUCCCUUCUUCUCAAGCUAA